UAUCAGCGCCCGCCCACAACUUAUCGGCUCUGUCUUGCUUCUUCUGACAGACGAAUGAUCGCAGAUAUUCCUGUACUGAAUACGGUCUAAUGGCUUUUAAAACGCGGGAUUCUAUUUUAUAUGUACAGGCGUGAAUGAAUAUGAAAGUGACCCAACGGGAGGAAAGGAAGAAGUCAUUUUUACCGAUUUUUAUUUAUUUAUUUUUUUUGGUGUACGUGACGUCAUUCACGUCGUUGGACAGAAUAUGAAUGUAUGGAUGUUACAAUGUUUCUCCUCUGAAAACACGAUGAGCUGAACGGGGAUUUACUAACGUGAGAGACUCAGACCAUGAAUUACGUGGGGCAGUUGGCGGGCCAGGUGUUCGUGCAGGUGAAGGAGCUCUACAGGGGUCUGAAUCCCGCCACGCUCUCCGGUUGCAUCGAUGUCAUCGUUGUCCGGCAGCCGGAUGGAGCUCUGAUCUGCUCUCCAUUUCACGUGCGCUUCGGAAAAAUGGGCGUCCUGAGAUCACGAGAGAAAGUGGUGGACAUUGAGAUCAAUGGGGAACCUGUGGAUUUACACAUGAAGUUGGGCGAGAACGGAGAAGCUUUCUUCGUCAAGGAGACAGAAGACGAUCAGGAAGUGGUUCCAUCUUACCUGGCCACAUCUCCCAUUCCAUCCGACGGGGGGCUUCUGAUGGGCUCCAGCAGUGAGAAUGGAAUAAUGAAGAAGAGGAGGAAGAGGAGAAGGAAGUUUCGAAUGGAGGAUGUGAAGAGGGAGGACAGCGUGGAGUUCUCAGAGGAAGAACUGUUCAACAGUGAGCUGCCUGAUCAGAACAGAGAUCUGAUAAACAGAGGUUCAUCCACUGGAAACAAACAAAACACAAUUCAUGCUCGUUCAGAUGGGGAGUGGAGUCCGGUUCACAGUCCUCAUGUGUCUCGUCCCUGCACCCCUAAAAGUGACUCUGAGCUGCUAAAAGAUCAGCAGGAGGAUUCGGCCAUGCUGUGGUCCUGGGGGGAGUUACCACAAGCCGCCAAGCCAUCGUUUCUAUCAUCGAAUCCAAACGUCCUGCCUGCGUGCCCACUGUCAAUCCCAGUCUCUGACAACACACAUUUCAGAGUCAUCCCUGACACGGCUGUCCACGGCCACGACAGAAACAGGACAUUACAUCCUGACAGCCAAUCAAACAGAGCGGCUCGCGUGAUGUCAGCGGUGGAGGAGGGAGGAGCAAAUAAUGGAUCCCGCCCACAAAAUAAGACUGAUUCUCCUUCUAAAAGAAAAGAUAAGAAAAGCCGCCACCUGGGUUCUGACGGUGUGUAUUUGGACGAUCUAAAAAAUCUGGAGCCAGAAGUGGCAGCACUUUACUUCCCUAAAAGUGGUUCGAACGGCGUUCGCAGUGCGACUGUGUCUCCUCAGUCCAUGUGCAGCUCGGGAGCCGACAGCGGCGUGGACAGCUACGACCUGCCCUCUAUGGCCAUCUCUCUGUGUGGAGGACUCACAGAAAAUAGAGAGAUCACUAAAGAACAUUUCCAGCAGAAGUCUGUGUCAUUUCAGCAGUUUGCUGAUAAUCCAUCCAUCAUUGAUGACCCUAAUCUGGUGGUACAGAUCAACUCUAAGUAUUAUAACUGGACCACUGCUGCUCCUAUUAUGUUGGCUAUGCAAGCCUUCCAGAAACCAUUGCCUAAGGCCACCAUAGAGAGACUUAUGAAGGAGAAAAUGCCCAGAAACCGAGGAAGAUGGUGGUUUUCAUGGCGAGGAAGAACAAACAACACCAAACUGGAUUCAGUCUCCGGUGGUUCGGCGUGCCUUGCAGGAGAUGAGACCAUCAAGAACAGGCGCACAGACGAAUCCACCUCCAGCGAUGAAGACUUAACUGCCAAACAAACCCCCGUCCCUGUUCACACAGACCCCGCCCCUUCAGGAGGGGGCGUGUCCUAUCAGAAAACACUCCGCCUCUCUUCAGAACAGCUCGUCAGUCUGCAGCUGCAGGACGGUCCUAAUGACGUGGUGUUUAGUGUGACGACGCAGUAUCAGGGCACGUGUCGCUGUGAGGGAACCAUCUACCUGUGGAACUGGGAUGAUAAAAUCAUCAUAUCAGACAUCGACGGCACAAUCACCAGGUCAGAUAAGCUGGGGCACAUUUUGCCCACACUGGGUAAAGACUGGACCCAUCAGGGCAUCGCAAGCCUGUAUCACAACAUCAGCCAGAACGGGUAUAAGUUUCUGUACUGCUCGGCGAGAGCGAUCGGCAUGGCUGACAUGACACGGGGUUACCUGCACUGGGUCAAUGAGAGAGGAACCAUGUUACCUCAGGGACCCGUUUUACUGUGUCCCAGCAGCCUGCUUUCAGCACUGCACAGGGAGGUGAUUGAGAAGAGGCCGGAGAAGUUUAAGGUGGCGUGUUUGACAGAUAUUAAGAAUCUGUUCCUCCCAAACACUGAGCCCUUCUACGCAGCGUUUGGGAACAGAGGCACCGACGUGUUCUCCUAUAAAGAGGUGGGAGUUCCCUUAAACCGAAUCUUCACUGUCAAUCCUAAAGGAGAAUUGAUCCAGGAACAUGCCAAGACCAACAUCUCAUCGUAUGUGCGUCUAGGUGAGGUGGUGGAUCACGUCUUCCCGCUCCUGAAGCGCAGAGGGUCCUGUGAUUUCCCCUGCAGUGACACCUUCAGCCAGUUCACCUUCUGGAGAGAACAGCUUCCCCUCGUGGACGGACAGAUGGCGAACACCAGUCGCUGAACGACUCACAUGAACUGCACAGAAUACAGAAACACACCGGCUGAAAACCAAAACUGAACAUACUGGAAUCAGUGCAAUUAUAUGAAAAUCACACACAAAAUACAUGUGUGGGUCUGGACCUCAGAGGAAAAAAACUGCACUUUCUUUCAAAGAAGUCUUCACGUGUCAGUCGUGAUUCAGAGUAUACUGUUAGAUUUGUAAAAAGAAAAAAAAAUAGCUCUGAUGUUAGAUAUAUUUUGAAUGUUUCAGUUUUGCUUGUGGCGAUCACAAGCUUUUGUGUUUUUUUUAUGAAUGUCCUGCAAGAACAAUCCAUCACGUCAGGGUAGUUACUGUCAUUUCAACGAACCAUAUGUAUUUGUCAGCCUGAAUGAAACUGAAUAAUGUUACAUAUCACAUAUUAGACCUUUUUCAUGUUUCCAGGUUUUUCAGUAGUGGAAGUCGUCAUAGUUGGGUAAACGUCGCGAGUCCCAGGGUAUCACAAGUGUAUUUUUUGCAUUCCCAUUUGCUCAAACAGCGAAAGAAAAAUUCCACAAUAGUGUUUUCAAGACUUUCAAAAAAGGACAAAAAGUGAAAGAGACUGAUAGCGUCAGUCAGAAGAGAGAACGAUGUCAAAUACCAUCCCUCCCAUAGACGCUGCAUUAAAAACACCCUUGUGUUAGCGUUAACUUUUUUUUACAAAUUAUUAUUAUUAUUAUUAUUGUAAUUUGAUGCAAAGGUGAUAUAAUACAAAGUAUAAUGUUACAAAUGUACAGUUUUCCUGCGGAAUUUGGCUACUUUAACACUGUUGCCGCGGGUUUAAGCGGCCCCAAUAAUGUAAUAUUAACCCCUAAAAUGCAAAUUUUACCAGGGGAACCCCACUAAAAACGAGUAUUUUACCCCACCCGAAUGUGAUUUUUACAAGCAGAUCCCCCUCAAAACGUGACUGGACUAGUUUUGAGUAGCAACUGGGAGGGUUUUGUUGUUAAAACCUGGCAACCCUGCCCCAGAAUCAAUAUUUUACUGAAAAUAAAUAAAAAUAUUUGCACAUUGUGACAAUCAAACAGUUUUAAUUAUUAUUUUCUAUUGCAGUUAGCAUAAAUUAACUUUACAUUUGCAUGAAUUCACUUUGUAUUCUUUAUGCAAAAUGUGACCAAGAAACUUCUUUUUCUGAGAUUUAUUCAUUUGUUCUCAAAUAUUUUUUUUUUAUUGGAGUAGCCUACUAAGUAUUUUUGUCUCAUCACAUCAUGUCAUAUCCACAUUCUGAUAUUCCUGCCUUCAUGUGUUUUUAUCCAGCACUUUAUGUUACUGAAGAAAAAGAUACCAUCAUAUUUUUUUAAAAAGACUUGAAAAUCAUAAUCCCGUUUUGGUUCUAUGCCAUUUUAAAGAGUGUUUCAGUGGGUUUCAACGAUUUAUAUAUUUAAUAUCUGAGACAGACUCAGUUAGCAUGAUGUUUUUGUUAUAACUUGUUUUUGUUUGUUUGGUUGUUUGCCUCUGAAAAUUAUUUUCAGUCAUUAGUUCCAAAGAAAGAUGUGAUUGUAUUAAUGGAGAUGUUUGUAUUUCUGAUAUUCUUUUGAGUGAAAGAGCAGUAGAUCAGAUUAUCAUGGGAAAAUUCAUCUGUUUUGCUUUUCAAUUAAAAAAUAGCAUCAAAUAUA